GACAUUGACGGCACACAGAGACAGAAUACGUGUUGUUAAAACGAAUAUGUAUAAAAUGGUUAAUAAUUAAUAAUAACUUCAUAAAUGAAUUUAUUUGAUAUUAUUAUAAUAAAAUUCUAUUGAUUUUAAUACGUUAUCAGGAGGAAUAAUAUUAGAAUUUUAUUGGUUGAGCAAUCCUCUCUUUUUUCUUAAAUAUUUGCACAAUCUACGAAUUAUAAGUCUGUGUUUUAAAUAUCACUUUUUAAAUUUAAAAGCUAGUGAGGUUAUGGUCUUUGACAGUUAAUCUAAUGGUGUUUUAAAUUUUAAAAUACUUAUUAGUAAAUAUAAAUAAUGGAUGAUUCAUUUAAUCUUCUAAGUACGAUGUCACCGAAAAUAAAAGUUAAAUUAAAAGCAGGGGAAAACAAAUUUAGAAAAGUUCGAGGUGCGUCAAUAUUAGCAUUAAAGAAAAAUAUUAGAAGAAAUUCUAUUUACGAUAAAUAUAUAGCUACAGAAAGUAAUCAGGAUAUUAAUAUAGUCGAAAAUUAUAGCACCAAAUCUUAUGAAUCUUCUAGUAACAAUGGAUUUCAAUCUGUAAAAGUUGUUCACGAAGAAGAUAAAAAUAAAUCGAUUAUUGAAAUUUCUGAUAGCUCAACUGAUUCUAGUUCAGUUGAUAUUGAAGAUGCAAACACUAAACCAACAGCUUCAUUAACUAAAGAUAAGUUUAACGCCAUAUCAAAUUGGGUAGCAAAAGUUAAUCAAGAAAAUGAAACAAGUUGUUCAGAAUAUACAGAAUUAUCAACUAUUUACAAUAGUGUUAAUGAAAAUAACUUUCUUGCUAGUAAUAAAGGUACUGCUGUUAAUUCUACUUUUCAUCAAGGUUGUGAUAAGAAAUUUAACGAGUUAUUCGUUAAGAAUAACAAACCGAAGAUAGAUGAAACUGAUAGUACAGAUGUAGAUGAUAUAAUAGAAAAUUCAUUAAAAGAUUUGAUUAUAGAAGACUCAUUCGAAAUUCAAAAUCGAAGUUUAAAAAGUCGCUUAGAAGCAGUUAAGGAUGUUGUAAAUAGAAAUGCAGGGACUACAUUGAAUGACGAACCUGAAAGAGAUUUGGUUUCAAUAGAUAAUCAAGAUGAAAAUGAAAAAGAAACAGAUAACGUGGGUAUAACUGGAGCAUUGGGGGUUUUAGACGAACUUUACGGCAACUCUUGGAGGGUAAAUAAAGAUCUAAUUUUAUCAAAAACUGAACCCCGAAAGAAAACUAAACUCAUUAGUAUCAAAAAUAUUACUUCGGACAGGAAAUCGAAACGAUCUCUUUUAUACAAAAAUCCUUAUUUGGAUAGAGAGAAAUCGAAAACUCAGUUGAUAAGCAAAACAACUCAAAAAUCUAGAUUAGAACAAAACGUUCGAUCACCAUGGUUGGAAAAAUUGAAAAAUCUAUGUGAUCCCGAUACAGAUUCAGAAAAUUCACCGAGGAAAAUCACGCAUACGAAAUUAAAAUUCGACGACGAAUCUAGCGAGGACGAAACUACAAAAACAACAUCGAAAUACUUCCAAAACAAAACUAGAAGUAAUGAAAAUAAAGAAAACGAGAAAAAUGAUGAAAAUGUCACUAAAAGGAAACCUGAGAAGAAAAAACAACAUCGGAUUAAAAGUGACAUUUCCAUUGAAUCAAAUAGUGGCAAGUCGGCUGAUAGUAAAAGAAACAGAUCUUCUACUAGUAACAGCGAUAUAUGUCAUUCAACAAAACCUGAUAAUACAAAGAUAACAAAGAAGAUUACAUCAUCUACGAAGAAAAUUAUUGAUGUUAGUUCCAGUGAUAAUGAAUGGGACGCGGAAGUUAGUAAAAUUGAAAGGAAACUCGAUGUAAAAGAUGGUUAUUUUAGCUUUUUAGCUUCUUUAUCAGAAAAUGUGCCGAUUUCGAAAUGUGACAUGUCGGCUCGAAUUUUCAGAAAUAAUUUUAAAAAAUUCAAAAACGAAUUAUCGAAAAAAUUGUUUAAACUUUAUAACGAUAAAGUAUUCGAUAAUAUAUUACCGGAAGAUAUGCCGAUAGAAUGGAACGAUAGGAUGAGAAGUUCGGCGGGUUUUUGUUAUUGCAAAAAGGUCACUAGACGUAACGGAAAAAUCGAAAGGUCUGCGAGAAUCGUUUUGUCUUCGAAGGUAUUAGAUAGAGCCGACAGAUUGAGGGAUACGUUGAUUCACGAGAUGUGUCACGCCGUUACGUGGAUAUCGAAUUGUAUUUCAGAUGGCCAUGGUGAUCAUUGGAAAUCAUGGGCUUUUAAAGCGAUGGAAACAUUUCCAGAAUUACCUAUUAUCAAGAGGUGUCAUAAUUACGUUAUUUCAACUAAAUAUACAUAUCGGUGUACAUCAUGUGGUUACAGUAUCGGACGCCAUUCGAAAUCGUUGGAUAUUGAAAGGAAACGUUGCGGUUACUGCCUCGGAAAAUUCGAAGUUUUGAUAAACAAAACUAAUAAAAAGGGAGAAAUUAAGGCGGUAGCGGCGACUCCUAAAAAAGAACCAACAGGUUUUGCUCUUUUCGUUAAAGAGAAUUACAGUUCUUAUAAAACGCCCGAACGAAAACACGCCGACGUCAUGAAGAUGCUCGGUCAAAAAUUUCAAACUAUGAAAGUUAAAUAAAUAGAAAAAUAUCUAAAAAAAACAUUGAAUUAAAAAAUGCGAUUAUUUCGUAUAAAUAAGAGUGCAUCGUAGAUAUUUUCAGGUUUUCUUGUAUGUCAUUUUAGUUUUUGAUAACAGCACAUAUCAUCCGAGAUUCGCGACAAAAUGACAAAUAAAAAGCGUCCAAAAUUUGGUUAUUUAUUUAUCAUCAUAUUUUUUGUUAUAAUUUACGAAUUACCCUGUAUGUAAAUUCUAUUUGUUACACUCAAUAAUUAUUACAGGUAAAGCAAAAAAAUUAAAUAUUCAUUUAUAGUUCAAAUGACGCCCUUAAUAAUUAGAUAAUUCAGUUUUACGUUUAUUAACGUUUUAUAAUCGUCCGUAGUUCCGGAUUUCCCUGUAUACAAUUCUCAUAUUUACUAAAAACUCAAAAUAUCUAUUAGUAGCAAAAUAUAGUGAAUAAAAAUCUUCGUAAAUUUGAAGAAAACCAAAAGAUUUUUCAUCAUGAAACUUUAUUUGUUUCGCAAUAACAAUUUACGAAUUACCCUGUAUGUAAUUUCUAUUUGGUACGUUCAAUAAAUAUUACAGGUGAAGGAAAAAAGUUAAAUAUUCAUUUGUAGUUCAAAUGACGCCCUUAAUAAUUAGAAAAUUAAGUUUUAAGUUUAAUGACAUCUUAUAAUCGUCCAUAGUUCCGGAUUUCCCUGUAUACAACUCUUUUAUUUGCUAAAUAUUACUGCAUAUUACAUAAUUUCGCAUUUCUUAAUAUACUUUAUUGGAAAUACAUCUAAUCGGAACGAAUAAAUUACUAAAAGCUUCAAAUUUUUAUUUCUAUUUAUAUUUCUAUAAGCACUAGCCAUGAAGUUAAUUAUUUGAAUAUCUUAUAAAUAACGCCCCAUAUAAUUUCAAAAUUCAGCUUCAUAAACAUUUACAUUUUCAAAUUUACCAUAGUUUGGGAUUUUCCUGUAUACUAUUUUCAUAUUUAUUUAAAAAAAUAUCAGUUUGUAGCAAAAAAUAGCUUUCCCUGAAUUCAGAAAAAUUUUCAUCGUCUGAUAAUCAUAAUAUAUGAAAAAUCCUGUAUGUAAAUGUAAAAAAAAAUGGUUAAUAUUCAGUUAAAAAUUGAAAAUAAAAAAAAUCCGCUAAAUACGAAUUUUUUUCUUAAGUUAAAUGUUGUUUCGCAUAGUUUCCAAAAUUUCAUUAUUGACAUGGAAAAAAUGUACAGGGCGAUCCAGAACUGUAUAUAUAUAUAUAUAUAUUAUAGCUCUUAAUUUUUUUCAUUGACAAUUAUUGUAAACAUUUUA